AUUUGUCUUGAUAACAUUAACAUCAAAGUUAGUACAACAAAACAAGCAGACAAUGGAUAGUUGCCAACGUCGCUCGUUCAGCAAAGUAACAAACGCGAAGAGAGGACCGCUACAUCAAAGCAGCAAUAUGUCACACCACAAGCGCAAAAAGUCAGAUCCAGUCGGAGAACAAGUUCUGAUUGAAUCAGACUUUGACGAGCUUGAACUCAUGGGGGGUUUAUAUGCCGAAUACGGUGCAUGUACGCGUAAAUCGAAAUUUAGAAUGUUUCCAAUUAAGCAUGUGAACAGUUUAAAACAAACGAUACAACCAACUGCACAGGGGAUUACAAAAGGGAAUCUGCCCCCAAGAAGGACUGUCCGAUUCGCAGACUAUGACGAAUACUCGAAUACAUAUCCCAGCAAUGUAUACGACAGGACUGGAGCUGAUAAGAUACAGGUGCGAGAUACUCGCGAGGCCGUUAUAUUAUAUUGCGAGCUCAUGCUUUUCAAACUAACUGAGAUGAGUUUGAAUCCAGAAUCAACGAAUACUGUAGCAUUACAUUAUGGUCAGUCCGGGAGCGCAGAAGCACGAUGGAAAGAAAUGGUGGUCAGCAAAAUUAUUAUGUCAAUGGACGUUAAGAAUAAAAUUUAAGGAAUAGAUGAUAUACAAUUUAGGAACUCUCCCAUUCUCCAACGCUCAACAAACGGAAAAAUGAGGUCAUGUCAUACUCUCUACAUAUAAAUACUUUGAAAGCAAACUCUCCACCCCGAGGAUUCGUAGCAGGCUAAAAAACCAAUAAGAUGCGUUUUCUAAUGAAGGUGUUUCUGCAGUGAAGAAGUGUUCGAGUGCCGGUACACACAUCGCUACACAGUGGCAUACUACUUAGGAAAUAAGUAUACAAACUGACUCCUAAUCUAACGAGCUCUAUUACUAGAAAGCGCACUAACGUAUGAGUUUGAACAACUCAAAUUACCGAGAAAGUAAGUGAAAUAGAUGUGUUAUGCUCUACACACUAUAUUUGGCCUAAAGAAAACACCGCGCCACUUUGUACAAUACCAAUUCUUUCUUUUUGUACCGCUCAUAUAAAAUCGUUCCGAGA